AAACCCGGAUGUGCCUGGGUAGUCGUGUUGGCAGUCGGGGCUCUGAGGUUUGGGCGUUCUGGGGGUGCUGGCAGCCGAGGCGGAUGGCGCGGGGUUGGGCUGGCUUCUCUGAGGAGGAGCUGAGGCGACUAAAGCAGGCUAAAGAUCCGUCUGAACCACAGCGGCGUCUUCCUGUGAAGAAAAGUCGACAACAACUUCAGCGAGAAAAAGCCCUUCAAGAGCAAAGCCAAAAACUUGGACUUCAAGAUGGAUCAACCUCAGUACCUCCAGAGCAGCUGCUUUCUGCACCAAAACCAAGCUUUAAUAGUCCAAAACCACAUUCUUCUUUCCCUCUUCCUUCUAGUCCUCUUACACUCACCUCUCCUGUUGGUGAUGGAAAACCACAGGGUAUUGAAAGUCAACCAAGGGAACUGGGACUUGAGAAUUCCCACGAUAGUCACAAAAACGCCAGGAUUCUACCCCCGAAGCCAGAUUGCAAAAUGGAAAAAAAGAAAGUGGAAUUGCAAGAAAAAUCUCGUUGGGAAGUCCUCCAGCAAGAACAACAGUUAAUGGAAGAGAAAAAUAAACGUAAGAAAGCUCUUUUGGCUAAAGCUAUUGCAGAAAGUUUACAUAAAUUGGAAAACCAAUGGACCAAUCUUUGUACCUGUCCCUACAGGAAGCGGUUUGACAGGGCUGAAGCAGAGUAUGUUACAGCAAAGCUAGAUCUCCAGCGCAAGACUGAAAUUAAAGAGCAACUCACUGAACACCUCUGUACAAUCAUACAGCAAAAUGAGCUCCGCAAGGCCAAGAAGUUGGAAGAGUUGAUGCAGCAACUGGAUGUACAAGCUGACGAGGAGACUCUGGAGCUUGAGGUGGAGGUGGAGAGAUUGCUGCAUGAACAAGAAGCCGAAGCAGGGAAACAGGUGGUUCAUUUGGAGAGGCCAUUUCAGCCUUCUGGGGAGAGUGUGACAUUAGGAUUUGCCGAAGAGAACAAAAAUCAUCAAGAACACGCCACUUCCUUAAAGGUAGAUGAACAGUGUGAAAAUCCCAGCAGCAUUCCCCUUCAAAAUCGAGACCAAAAUCAAGAAGUUAGAACUCCUGUAAAGGCCAUUUCAACUGCUCCGACCACAUGAAGUGCCAGUGUUUGUUCACUCAGCUAGUGCGGGAUUCUGUAGAGUACACUUCUGUUGGAGAUUAUGCCAUGAGCUCGGAUAAGUGUGCCUUUAAAACGGUGUUAAUUUUUGAAUCCCUGGUUAGUUUUAGUAUAACAUGUUUGACAUUCUAAACCCUCAAAUUACAAUAAUUUUAUACGUAGGCACACAGUUUACCUUGAUCCAGGGCCAAUUCCCUCGGUGUACCCUGAUGACUGGGUGAAAACAAACGACCCAAAUAAGAUGGAAGAAAAACUACACAGUUAAGAGUGUUGUUGGACGAGGUAAAUAUAGAAAAGUAAAAUGGAAAAUAAUACUCAACACCUCAUCAAACUCAUUUGACUUCUAGGAGAGGUGUUGAUGAGAGUCCUAUUUUAUGUAGUUAGUAGAGAGACACCAAAGUUAACAUGUGAAAAAGAGUCAGCAGGAGGAAAAAAACUAACAAGAGUAGCAUGUUGAAUUGUCUAUUGGAUCUUACUAGAGCUGCAAAACACAACUUGGGAGUUGCAGUUUAAGAAAGACAAACAGCUUCAGUAACGUUAUUUUUGUCUUCAGUUUGCCUUUUAAAUGGCUUUAAUUCACAACCUGAGUUUUGAUUGGUUCAUACACACACACAAAUAUACCACUAAUACGUAUAAUUUUACUAUUAAUGUAUUGUCUUUAAUCAGCACAUUGAUUAAAUUUAGACAAUGAAAACAUUUCUACAGUGAGGCUAAAAAUAAUACAGAAAACCUAUCAGUACUUUUGAUUAUCCAAAAAAAUUGAUACACUUUUUUUCUAAAGUUAUUUGUAAAUAUGUGUUGCUGGAUAUAAAUUAUCCCAUCAUAAAGCAUUUAAAUUGCUAAAAUGGUGAUUUUCUUAGUAUUUUAAUAGUUUGUUAAUUAUUAUCACUAAUACUUGACCCACUUUGUGCUAUAUGUGAAUGUGUAAAUAAAUACUGUUGGUUUGUCACAGAAUCUGUGAAUUUCACAUUAAAUUGUGAUCUAUUUAUCAGAAAUUCCAAAAAGUACUACAUUUUAAGUCUUAAAAAAAGAACUAUCAUAAAAGAGAAUAAGGACAAAUGUAAUAUUGUAUUUAUAAUAAUGCUGAAAAAGUAAGGGCCAUCCUAUUUUUAAAUGAGUUUGAGUAUUCUAGCAGUGUGGAUGAGCUGUGUAUUUUUAUAUUAUGUAAUUUGAGUUAAAAUUAUAGCUUUCCAUUACUGACUUACCUAAACAGGCAUUUGUAUAGAUAGUUGUGUUUUUAUUUAUGAAUGAUAUUCAUAAAAACUGAAAGCAUCAUUGUCCAAUACACUUAUUUUUCUAAGGAAUAAACGAGUCUGAUACAUCUA